GAUGGAUCUCGCUGAUUUUGUUUUAGCUUCCGCCAGCAUGGACAGAGAGACGAACGAUGCCGAACCAGAUCUCCCGUUCCUAGACAGUCCUAGUCCAGUCCCACUCGCUAUGCAGAUCCAACUCAGCUGUUACCGUGCCAGUCGUGCUGCCAUCUUCCACACAUCUACGGAUACGGUUGGAGGUUUCAAGCCUCAAUAAAGCUAAGUGAUUGACAUCCUCGACUUGGGCGAAGUAAAGCCCUUCAGUUGUUUACGCACCAGCGUUGUAAGGAGCACUCCAGUCAUUGAUUGGUAUUGGCGAGGUGCUGCAAAACCAGAAUGGAAACUUGAAAUGGAAAACAGCCUGAGCUUACUGUAGAAUUGAACGUUUGUUUCCUGAAUACGCAUGUACCUAUCCAAUAUCAGUGGAUGAGUGGGUGUAGUACAAAACGCGCAUCGUCAACCGUCGAGCACAGGCGAGGUUAACGCCACGUUGUAACACUCUGCUGGAUGUGAUACCUACUUAGCGACAAAAGAUGAGAAAAGACCAAAUGUGUUGACGUCGGACAAACUGGAAAAGCCUGUUAUUGAACUGGGUGUA